UUGAUCACGAUGGAAAACUUGACAGCUUCAGCUUUAAUGCUUGCGACAGUGCUGGCGAUUGGAUGGGCCGUCGGCGCAAAUGCGCAAGAUUACGAGUACGAAGGCUCAGCUGUCACGCCUGGCAGCAUCCCCAACUUCCCGUUCCGCAACUGCAACACCACAAACGGCGCGUACCGGCUGGCACCGGUGUGGCGGCCUUCGGGCAGCAACACGUACUGCUUCAAGAUCCAGGUCAGCCAGGAUGCCCUGUCCUGCACUGGCGCCUGCUGCAGCGCCGACUUGCACAAAAUUGAGUUCAACGUGUCCAGCAGCUGCCUGGUGGCCGGGGCUUCAGUCGUCGCCACCGUGAAUGGAGUGCGGACCCGGGUUGGUGCGACCCUGGACAAGGCCCCGGCUGGGCCUGUUGGCUCCGCCAUUCUGCGGCUCACCCAGCUGGGGCUGGACACCGCGACCGCCCAGGAUGCGGAGGUGUGCCUCACCCUCAGGACCAACCGCGGAGGCCAGGGCUGCACCACCCUGGAGCAACUGUGCUCGUCGCCAGGCUUCCCCGCAGGGACAUGCACAGCAGCUAUGUUCGAUGUCUCAUGCGAUUGCUGCCCGGUUUCUCAAGCUGGUCAGGCCCUCCCGCCGCCGCCACCAGAAAUUCCGCCGGUCAGACGCCCUUGUGACGUCUGCAUCGCCGCCACCAUUGUGCCCCCGGCCAUUGAUGUGCGACCAUACCGCUACGACAGCGCCACCUGCGCCGCCAUUCAGCAGAACAUCGCCAACAUCAUGAACUCUCUCCUGGGAGCCGCCAACGUCGGCGCCUUCUCACCCUUCGCGCCAAAUGCAAGCCAGUGCUUUGACACACAAAUCAUUACAUGUGGCAGGUUCAACGGUUCGGACAGUGAUGCGUUGGCCAAUCUGACGGAAGCGGUGCAGCAGCAGCUUCCCGCCUUCGUCGAAAUCGCGUCAGGCGGCAACGUCUGCAAUCCAAAGUUGGAGAAAUACACGGUGACGGUCUCCACCAUCAACAAUGUAGCAGAUCAGUGCCUGGACCUCUCGCAGUCGGCUAGUUGCUUCCUGCCUGGCGUUCCAUUCCCCAACUGCACGUGCAACACAACCCAGGGAGUCAUGCCGUUCACAGUCUCCCCCACCUGGUAUACACAGCCGGCCAAUGUCCGCUGGGGCCGCAACGUCACUGAGUACUGCUUCACCGUCAACACGCUACAGCCAAGUCAGGUCGUGCCGAGCACCUGCUACAACGCAAACGACGCGCUCGCCAAGAUCGAGUGGUAUGCAAAUGACUUGUACAGGUCGGCGGUGAAAGGCUUUUCAGUUUACCCCGCCGCGAAUUCGACGACGAGCAGGACACUAAUUGCGGACAGCUGGGGCGCCAAAGGAGCCGACACCCUGAAAGUGUCACUCAACUGGACCGGCGAGCAAGCCAACGGAGGCUUGGUGUGCGUGGCGAUUCAGAACCCCAUCACCAUGAGCGAUGUGUGCAAGGGGGGAAUUGGCCAGCAGUGCUACGCAAGCCUUUUCAACCGCGAUAACUCGGACUACUGCUGCCCGACCUACCGCACGGGGCCCUGAUGAUGCGCUUACGGGGAGUGAUUGAACUUGGUGGGACUCGCGUCUUGAGCACUUCCUGCAUUCGCAGCAAUCAAAUGAGUUAGUGGACCGUGCUAUUGCGAAAAGAUGCACAUGCAGACAUUCACCUCCCGCUGGUGGGGCUCGCAUGGGUUAAGAAUGGAGGUGUAGGCUGGAUAGAACGUCCAGCAGUAUGUAGCUUGGUCCCCUGGGGGCCUGUUGUGGCGACCCAUGGGUCCGUCAGUAAUCCCUUCCCAGCAGCAGCAGGCUGCAGAGCGUUGCGGUGCAUGCAUAGUUCUGUAAAAGGGGAUUUUUGUUUGUGUUUGGAGCAUUAAUGACAUUGGUGACGAGAAACUGUGGAUGCCAGUUUAUUAUGUGUAUGAUUCCUAGCAUCUGUGGCUAUUUAUGUUCAGCGGAGGGUACGAGCCGUACGGACUUGGUAGGACUUGGUGAGGACGUCUGUGCGCGUGUGGAAAGGAUGCGGCGUGCAAACAAGCAGCGUGCUUUAGACGACGCAUGCAUUACUUACGGAAGUGCUUGAUUUAGUAAACAUGCAUACACGCCCGCCGGCAUGUGCAAACGUGCAGUGGCAGUGACAGCGGUAAAGUGACACCCUUGCCCUCCAUCAAUGAACGGCAUUCGCUAGUCGCCAUCACUUGACACGGUACAGGGCACAGCUCCGAUUGCCCGAUCGAUUGAUCUGUUUCACCGCAAGGGCGACCUGUGUACAUAAGCUGGAUCAAUAGUAUUAGUGCUUCAGAUCCAUUCUUUCUUUUGCACGGUGUUUUUUUUACAUGUUACUGUAGGUGUGUUCUUGCCAGGAGCAGGACAACAAAUAUGAAUACGAAUGAAAUGUAUGCCUCAUAGGAAUUCAUGGAGGUAGCGCAACCUUUGGAAUGAACGCGUGGCUGCAGGAUAUGUGAAUCGCAUGUUUAUUGAAGUGGGCGUGUGGUGUAUCUUGGGAUAAAUAGAAGCGUGCCGCACACAGGCCUGCCUCACCGUGCUGCUCCAUUUGGAAGAAGGCUUCUGAGACGUGCGGGCGCCAUAUGUGGUGCGGGUGGGGUGUUGUAUUACAUGUAUUUGCUUGUCGAAUAACUAAUCAUGGUAUUCUUCUUGCCAUACGUGCUGUUGACGCUGGAAGUAAGAACUUAAUCUCUAGCGCUGAAAAGGUAGAAAAUACUUUUGCAUACAUAAGCCUGUUGUGUACCUCGUACAUCAUAUCUGCAAUAUAAGCGGCGGUCGACCUAACCCCCAAAUGGCGCAUACCGAAGCAUGAUUAAGGUGUGGUUUUAUGGUGGUGCAUGUAUGGGCACACGAAGCCUUUCCGUUGCACGCGGGGCUGCUGCCCCAACAUGUACAGCAUACAUGCAUACAUACAUACGUACAUAUAUACAUACGUACGUACGUACAUGCAUACGUACAUACGUUCAUACAUAGGUAAAUACAUGCAUACAUACUUGCCGCCGUAUAUGUACGUGGUUUAUAGUCACCCGCCACCAAAGCAACUCGUGCGUGUCAUGUGAAGUCCUAGUCAGGUGGGCCAAGCCAGAGUCAGCUUGCGAGCUGCAUUUUCUGUUUGUGUGAGGGAGAUCCUGUUGAACAUUUUCGCUUCUGCCACCACGCUUGGCUGCAAUAGGCAACUCGCAGCAAGACGUAGUUGGUCGCGUACGAAUUUCGGAUGCAGUACCUUGGCACGUCUGCUGUACAACAAGCUGUCAUCUAACUAGCUGGGCGGACGGAGGCGGGGGCUCCAGGGGGGUAGCUAAAUGGCUAAUACCGUGCCAGAAGACCCCACCUAGUCCUCCUGUCGUUCUUACUGCACCCGUUUCUACGGGCCUACUGUCCUACUGCUCUUACAUACAUACCGAGCCCUUACCAGCCCCCACUGUAUACCUCCCUGCGCAUGCUAUAGUCCAGUGCCACACACAGCACCUGUCUGGCAGACACUGGACAUGGAAAUGGCUGGUUGCGAUGUUCGACAAACCAUGGCAAGUGGCUGGAAGGGCAGAGUACAUAGCCAGGAACACGCGCUAUGUUAGCCUUCAUUACCUGAGUUAUGCCGCGCGAGGGAUUAGGCCGUCGGCUUUGGAAGCUCAAGCGACAGCGGCGACAGUUCGGUCUAGUAGCACAAUACCUGUUUAUCUUCAUGGCCAGGCUUAAUUUAUUGCCACAGAGGUUAGAGAUGUACGUUCCAAAUUAGUAAAUAGCUGGACCGCGAUAAGAGCAAGUAGCGAGCUCAUCCUGUAAUUGGGAUGGCGGUGAGCCAUUG